AGCGGUGUGACGUCACUCCGGAGCCUAGACCCGCCGGCUCGCUGUCACCGCGGAACAGAGAAGAACCUGUGGGGAGGAUCACCGACGAGAAACGGAGGAUCACCGACGAGAACCGGAGGAUCAGAGACAGAGGAGAACCGGAGAACAAUCAUAAAACAAUCAUAGAACAAUAACAGAAGAAUCAUCCGACACCAGAGGAGACCCACAGGGGCACGUGAUGACAAGCAGUCAGAUCUCUCCGCGUUCACCUCCACCUUCCUCGUAGCCCGCUCCUUUACCUCACGGGACCUCGGGAGCGUCGUAGCGGCUCAGCAGCGGCUCCUCUCCGGCCUCCAGCGCUCCGACACACCGGUGCGAGUGCUAAGUGGCUAAGUGGCUAACUAGCCCGUGAGUAAAGUGAAACCAUUCAGGACAGACAGCCUCCCUCAUGGCGUUAAUCCUGCUCACCAGGUCCCGGGCCCCUCUCAUGAAAACGUCCCGGUCUCUGAAGAACGAGUUCCGGAAAGGGGCACGACAAGAUGGUGUCUGUUUCAGCUGCACAGCCCUCAGACUCUCCAGUCACAUACUUGAUGGGCGACUCGGCAGUUUGACCCCGGUCUCUUCAUUCAGUCCUUCCUUCCCUGGGUCAGAUGGAAGUGCGGGCCCCUCCCAGAACUUGGACUCACUGCGGCCCUACUGCGCUCUUGUGCCGGGGGCCCCCCCCUCACUACACCCUGCGAUCACAACAGGGGCCCAGUGGUCGAUAGUGCGGCCGCAGGACAUCUCCGGAGUCAGGUGGAUACACACAUCGAGGAGGAGAUGGGACGAGUCCAAGGUGGAGAAGUCACUACGUUCGAUAAAGGACAAGAAGAAGAUGGAGGAGGGCGGGCCGGUGUACAGCCCCACGCUGGAUGCAGAACGUGUGAGGAGGUCGGUCCGCCAGUGGGUCGUGGAUGAAGUCAAGCACUACUACCACGGCUUCAGGCUGCUGUGGAUCGACACCACCAUUGCUGGGAGAUUGCUGUGGAUGGUGUUGAACGGAAACGUCCUGUCCCGACGCGAGAGGAGACAGUUCCUCAGAACGUGUGCAGACGUCUUCAGACUUCUUCCCUUCCUGGUCUUCAUCAUCGUCCCCUUCAUGGAGUUCCUGCUCCCAGUGGCUCUGAAACUCUUCCCCAACAUGUUGCCGUCCACAUUUGAGACACAGUCGAAGAAGGAGGAGAGGUUAAAAAAGGAGCUGAGGGUCAAACUGGAAAUGGCCAAGUUCUUGCAGGACACCAUCGAGGAGAUCGCCCUGAGGAACAAGGCCGCCCAGGGCAACGUGACGGAGGAGUUCUCCACCUUCUUCCAGAAGAUCCGUGACUCCGGUGAACGUCCCAGUAACGAGCAGAUCAUCAAGUUCUCCAAGCUGUUUGAGGACGAGCUGACUCUGGACAACCUGACCCGGCCUCAGCUGGUGGCUCUGUGCCGCCUCCUGGAGCUCCAGUCCAUCGGGACCAACAACUUCCUCCGCUUCCAGCUCAUCAUGAAGCUGAGGAACAUCCGUGCAGACGACAAGCUCAUAGCCGAUGAAGGAGUGGAGAGUCUGAACGUGAACGAGGUGCAGGCGGCCUGUCGCGUCAGAGGGAUGAGAUCUCUCGGAGUCACAGAAGAUCGACUGAGGGAGCAACUCAUCCAGUGGUUGGACCUGCACCUGAACCAGCAGAUCCCCACCUCUCUGCUGCUGCUGUCUCGAGCCAUGUUCCUGCCCGACACGCUGUCUCCUGCCGACCAGCUGAAGACCACGCUGCAGACGCUGCCUGAGAUAGUGACGAAGGAGGCCCAGCUGAAGGUGGCGGAGAUGGAGCUCUCCAAAGUCGACAAUAAGACCAAAGUGGAGACGAUGCUGCAGGAGGACGCGGUCAUACGCCAGGACAACAAGGACCGUGAGAUGGAGAGGUUGGCUGACGCUGCAGAGAAGGCUGCCAGGGGGGAGCUGGAGAUGGAAACAGAGCGGAGCAGGGCAGAGGCGGCCAUGUCCAAGGCUGACAAGGCCGCUCACUCAGAGAUCCUGAGGGACACAGCGCCGGUCAUAGAGGGACUCAAGGACGAGGAGAUCACCAAAGAGGAGAUUGACAUGUUGGGCGACGCCUGCUCCAAGCUGAAGGAGCAGAGGAGGCUGUUGACUCUGGAGAAAGAGGAGCUGGAGGAGCUGAAGGACGACGUCCAGGAAUACAACGAGGAUCUGGAGGAAAUAAAGAUGGAGCUCUUCAAGAGCGGCCAGGAGAAGACGGUGGAGGAGUCCAAGGCGAGCCAGCGUCUGGGGAAGAGAGUGAACCGGAUGAUCGGCCGCAUCGACCACAUCAUCCUGGAGCUGGAGAAGGACAAGGUCAUCCUGGACGGACGGGUGCACAGCGGAAGCACCCCACCUGUUGGAUUAUCCUUUGCCACAAGUCUGUUCUACACCCUCAGGGAGAACCUCAUCAGCAUCGACGAGCUCAUCAACAUCAUGCGGCAGAUCCAGAACAUCCCGGAGCACAAGCUGCAGAGCAUCGCCGAGGCGCUGGACGACAACAAGGACGGGAAGAUCGACAUCGACGACGUCAUCAAAGUGGUGGAGCUGAUUGACAAGGAGGACAUCGACAUCUCCACCUCGCAGGUGACCGACAUCAUGGCGAUGCUGCAGAAGGAGGACAAGCUGGUGGAGAAGGAAAAGGCCAAAGAGAAGGUGGAGAAGGAGCAAGCAGCCACGCGCAACAACUAAUUUCAGUUUCCACAAAAGAGAGACUUGUGAAAUGUGCUGUUGAGAAGAGUGGGAGAGAUCCCUGGUCAAACCCUGGACACCAGGUGGAUCUGGACCAGUCGAGUGAAGGAGUCACAAGGUAACAGCUGACUUCUCAAAAGGUCUUUCACCGUAAAUUGAGCUCCUAGGAAAAUGUCUAAAAAUGUAAAAAGAAGGCGUUUUAAAUUUAUGAACCGAGGGAACAGAAUGAUGUGACACCACAGUAGUUCUCCUAACAUUAAAGGAAGGACAUUAUGAAAAGUCAUUUAUAUAUAUAUAUUGUAAUAUAAAGAUAUUAGCUGAUACUUCGAUAUUGGAAUAUUUUACUCUCUAAAACCGGCCCCAGAAACACUUUAAUAUAUGAACUAAACUUUGUGGUGAACCGUCUUGCCUUUCAUUUCACUCAUGUCAUCAGCACAGAGAAAUGAGAUGAGCUCAUUUCUAAAGUUUGCACAGAAGAAAAAUCAUUGUUGUCAUUCCACUCAGUUUAUUCCCUUAUUGAUUUUGUUUAUCCAUCAUAAUCCCGUGAUGUCACCUGUUGUUGUUUUCUCUGAAUUGUACUGGACGGGCAGAUUGUUGCUGGAUAUAAGACGUUUGAAUGGUGGCUGCAACCAAAGACCUCUUUAGAUACGUCAUCCAAAUAUAUUAAAGUUCAUUCACAAACAUCAAAUUAUAGCUAGUAAGUUAAAGUAAUCAAAAUAAAACAUGCUAAUUAUUAUUAAUUUUAAGUCUGAGUAUUAGUAUUAGCUGGAGGUUUCAUCAUUCCCCUCCAAAAUAAAGUGUUUAAGUUUUGUCUUCAAAAGCCAAGGACUGAAGUUAGAAACAACCACAUCAAUAAUACAAAAUGACUGUACUGUAAUUUAUUUUGAAGUUGUACUUAUGACCUGAUGAUAUUUUGUCUGAGCUCUUCGAGUUUAGUCUUGUGUUCGACCUUUAGCUCUUUAAAAUGACAAAGUUAAACUGUGGCACAUAAAAGAAUCAGAUUUGGAUUAUUCCUAAGAAAUCCACGAAACAAGAGGAGACGGUUUUUAUGAUGAGAUGGAAACAUCGGUACUCGUGGGUCAGACCACUCACACACACACACAUCUCAUCACACACAUCUCAGCUACACAACUGGAAGGAUCGGUGACUGCAUCUUGCACAGUUGUGAUGCUUUUGUGGUAAAAGAGAGACACACAACGACCUGCUGAAGUAGCCGCAGCUGCAGUCGUUGUCUCCUGGACCAUAUCACGUGUCACCAACACAACAAACCAAAUAUCGGUGGUUCGAUGCCGCGGCUCGUAGAGUUUCAUGUUUUUCCAGACACUAGUUGUGAGUUGUUUGGUGUUCGUCUGCUCGGAGCGUGAACGCGUCUUCGUGUGACUGUUGUUAAAUUCGAGUAUUCGUCAAAGUGACCUUCUCUUGACACAGAUAUUAAGGAUUAUAAUCUGCUGUAUGUGUAUUUUUUUUUUAGCUUUGAUUCUCUUUAAUCUUGAUGUAAUCUAGUAUUUUGGUUUGAAGACGACUGGAUGAAUUGAUUUCUAGGAACACGACGACUCCGCUCUUGUGUUGUUGUUUUUUGCACCGUGGUCAUGAAUGUGUGUCGAGUGGAGACAGGUUUUCCUCCGGAGGAAGAUUUCAGAUCAUAUUUGAUUCGGCUGCUCUGCGUUAAAUUGAUUUCCUCGACUGGGUUCACACCAAAAACAGCUCGAAUCUCAAUCAUCGAGUUUUUCCAGAUCUAAUUUCAACUGAUCCUCGUUUUGAGUAGAUUUCCAGUUGUAAUGGUUCAAGAACCUCUGAUCGUUUUCAGGUGCACAGCUGAACUGUGGUUUAUAAAGGUGAACCAGUAGUGAGGAAGAUGCUGUUUAUCUUGCUGGCUGCAGUCUGAGGGUCGGUUCACCUUUAUCUGCUGAAUUGAAUCGGCUGUUCCUGAGUUUAAUGGUCCUGGCCAGCGCUCUGUUAUUCCUCCACAGUUACUAGAGCUCAGGUGUAAACAUGGCUGACAGAGUGGUACACGAGAGAUAACGACCCGCCGCUUAAUCUGUUCCCGGAAUCCACCGUGAUGAUGAAGAGCUUGUUCAUCCUCCAUCAGACACUGUCCCGGCUCCGACAGGGCGACCAGUCAGACUGAUGGGCGCAGGGUAAACACUCGCCCCCUACAUGGGCCACAGCCAGCGCCACUGGAGGGUUGUGUUUGGAUUGGAGCUGCCGCGGCGGGACAUGCCAUCUUCUCCGCUGCGUAAAUCAACCGCCAGUGUAAACACACGUCGGGGGAGCGUUGUGACAACUUCUCGAUUACACUCGGCAGAGGGGGGGGGGGGUAUUCGUGUCCGUCUGACAGGUCGCGCUCAGGGGAAGCUUCGUGCAAACGAGCAGCACUGCCACUGUUUGUUGGCGUGGCGGGGAGGGUCAAAGGUCAGGAGGAGGAGAAGUGGCACGUAACAGGAUAACUAAGUGCUCAGGGCUGUCGGUGAAGAAGAGUUUGAGAUGAACUGGAUGCAUCAGCGUUCUUUAAGCUGCUUUGUGGGACAAUCAAAUAAAUAUAUGCAUUCAAAUAAUCUUGUGUAAUUUAACGUGUGUGGCGGCAGAAGAAACAGUUGUUCUUCUCAUGACAGUUUUCCAGAGUCUCAUUCGACUACAAACAAAUGAGUUGAUGAGUUAAGAUGUUUAAAUCUCCUUCGAACCCGUUGAGUCACCUGAUCCUGAUUCCUUCAGAGGAAAGUCAGUCGGCACCGAUUGAGUAAUUGUUUUAACAUGAUUGGAAAUAUAUAUUUUUAAUUCCAGAAAGCCAGAACUCCCCAAUAAUUAUUUUUAUAUUUUCUCAGAAUGUAAAUAUGCAGUUAUAGAUUAUUUCAGCUGCACAGUUGGUGAUUUUCAGUCCUUUUCCCCCGAGAUUCUACCAGGAUAUGAUUAUUAAAUAUGAAUAAAUCCAAAUGCAUUCAAGAAAUCAUCGAAGGGAAAGAUCUCAUUUUGAAAUAAAUAUGCAACAAGCCAGAAACUGAUUAAAGACAAAAAGAAAGGUUUGAUUAAAUCUCUCAGAAACGUCUCAACCUGAUUGUGCUGCAGUGAGGAGUCGAGUUCCCGGGCUCACCACUGGGGGCAGUGUUGCACUGUGUAUUUAGAGCUGCUGCUGUCUUUAAAAAGGAGAGGAGAAGAGGAUGGAGCAUUUAGACAGUGAGAUUAAAUCAUGUUCUAGUCCAGCAGGAGGACGAGUGUUGAUUCCAGCUCACUGUCUGUAUGUUGCCACUUGGUAGAUGCACUAUUUGAUUUAUUUUUGAUACGUGGGGGAGUUGUGUGUUGAAUCGACGACAACAAACCGUCCUCAAAGAUUCCUGUCGACUUGUGGAGCUUGUUGGAGCUUGUGCACUAGAAGAACAAAAUAUUUAAAGCAAUAAGUUGUAUAUGCAUCGUUUUCUGAGUUUCCUUUCUGUCCUUUUGAGUCAGGAGAAUUGAAUUUGUCAAAUUAUAUAUUGUAAUACAUAAAUGAAAAGCCUGCUGUGGGCGUGGAAGUGGAAAACAAAGCUCAGAGGGUUUCUUGUUCUGCUUCUCGUCUCGGUAUCAGGUACACAUUCUGCUGAUUUGGGAGCUGACGUGCUUGUAGUUGAUUGUAUGGACUUUUAUUUUCUCGAGGACUGAUGAACCCACUUUUUUCCCUUUUUAAAAACUUUGCACUCGUCCUUUUUAUCCCACAGAGAAAAUGCUUUAGUUUUGAGGAAUAUCUGAAAAGAGGAGGCGUGUCGUUGCAGUUGAGGAUCUGAGGAGUUAAAUCAGAACCACCGAGUUUCUCUCGGGUUCAAAAUAACUUGAAACUGAAAAUUCAAAUCGUUGUAGAAAGAAAAACCGAUGAACAAAGACGUGAGACAUUUAACUGAAUCUUAAAUAAAAGUGCAGCCGCCAUCAUUUCACAGGAAAGCUGUGUUCAGACCAGAGACUGUAGAUAGAGAUGGACGACCCGUCUCCACCCCCUUUCCACUAUCGCGAAAUGAAGCCACAAUAACUCGGAUUCGAACUCGAGCUUCUAACAAACAUCAGUGUGAUGAGAACAAACUUGACUAACAGAACAUGUGCCUAUUGUUUGGUCCAUGUCCCAUCCACUCACAUGGAGGAGGUGGCCAUCGAGCUGCUCUGGCUUCACUUCUGGGGGAGUUGUCGUAUCGUCCAUCUUUACUCUCAGUCUGUGAUUCAGACAGAAAGCUAAAGAUGAUUCUGUCUGAAUCGUUGUCUGAGGAAUUGUCAGCGUAGAAAUGUAAAAGUUUGUUUGUGUGAUAUUAAAACUUCAAAUUGAUCAAAUAACAAAACGAUUUCCUAAAUCAGGAGAAAAUCUCUCAGUUUGAAAAGGUGACGCGACUUGUUGCAGUUUAAUCUCUUCACUGUUCAAAAAUGUUCAAAAAUAUGAAAAAUAAUAGUCAUUGACUUAAUAUUAGAUUUAUUCUAUUGGGAGUUUUUUUUUGUUUUGAGAUAAUUGUCGUGUUAUUUAUUUAUUUAUUUUUAAUCAGAUUUUGCAAAGUUUUGAGCAGCUGCACAGGAAACAACAGGAACUGGAUUUAAUCUCAGUUUGAACUUGAAUCUCAUCUUUUUUCUUUUGUGUUCAUGUAACGAGAAAAAAACAUUUACAAAAAUUAAUCCUACGUGUUGAAUAAAAAAAACGAUUGAUCCUGA